AUGUCAAUACUUCCAGUCUGACUCUCUGCUUCACAAGUCUGGAAGAAGUCUAAAGAGCCAGUGACGGAGAGAUCCGCGACUGACUGUGUGCUCAAUAUGUACCAGGGGCAUUUACAGGGGAAAGACUCUAGGGCUGCAGAUAAGACUGUUGCCAUGGUCCUGAAGGAGAUACCAAGUAAGGCGUCAUCAGAAGGGAAGCCCCUCCUCACAGUGACUACCAAGCUGGUGAGUGAGCAACAAGAGAGCCGUCCGCUUCUAAGCCCUUCCAUUGACGAUUUCCUCUGCGAGACCAAAUGUGAUGGGGUUUCACGCCCAGUGACCUCCAACACAGCUGUUCUGUCUUCGACACUGGACCUGCUGGAUCUCAGUGAACCUGGCGACAGGAGGAACAGCAAGGACAGGAAGAGUCCCCUGCUGUCCCGGGGCAACGUCCAGAAGAACAACCCACACAGGAAGAAGACGGAUGAGACGGAGUUGAUCCAGGUGGAAGUAGAACAGACAACACCGAGCAUGAGAAGCCCAGAGAGAGCAUCACUGGACUCAGUUAACAUUGGUUCACCAUUGGAUAAAUGGGAAGAGCUGAACCCCAACUCUGAGAGGAAUGGCAACAGAAAAUGGAAAAUGGAGAGACGGCGAUCUUCUAAAAAUUCAUCCAAUGAGUUUCUGUGGUCCAUAGACUGUAAAACCCAAUUGGAGUCAUCAAAUAAGAACUCCUUGGAAGCAAAUACCAAAGUCGAGCCAGAGUCGGCCCUGGCAUCUCAACUCAACAGGCAGUAUAUUAGUGGAAGACAUGCUCGCCUAAACAAGGAGCAGCGGUGGGGCAGCGCCCUCCUGUCCAGACAUCAGUCCCUGGAGGAGGAGUUUGAGCGGGCCAAGGCUGCUGUUGAGUCAGAUACCGAGUUCUGGGAUAAGAUGCAGGCAGAGUGGGAAGAACUCGCUCGGCGGAACUGGCUGACGGAAAACGAGCAGGCGCAGAUUCCCUCCAGUGUCUCUCCACAUGAGAAGGGUUACUACUUCCACACAGAUAAUCCUUAUAAGGACUUUCCUAACACAUUUGAAGAAGGACUAAAGAAGUCUCGAGAGGGAGACUUGCAAAACGCUGUGCUUUUGCUGGAAGCAGCUGUCUUGCAGGACCCUAAUGAUUCAGAGGCUUGGCAAGUGCUGGGGACCACCCAGGCUGAAAAUGAGAAUGAGCAGUCCGCGAUCGUCUCCCUCCAGAGGUGUUUGGAGCUCCACCCAAACAACCUCCCAGCCCUCAUGGCUCUGGCAGUGAGCCUGACCAACACUGGUAUGCGCCAUGAUGCCUGCGAGGCCCUGCUCCGCUGGCUGCGGCACAAUCCAAAGUACAAGCACCUGCUGAAAGGCAAGACCCACCUGAUGGGAUCCCCAAACUCCCAGCGCAGGAUGUCUCAUGCUCUCAACAUGGGCAGACACGAAAGCUCCCUGCAACCCGAGGUAAAGGAGCUCUUCCUGGAAGCAGUUCAGCAUAACACUGACGGCAUCGACCCAGAUUUGCAGACGGGCCUCGGGGUGCUCUACAACAUCAGCGGAGAGUUCAACAAAGCAGUGGAGGCCUUCAAUACGGCCCUGUCAGUGCGGCCCGAAGACUACUUGUUGUGGAACCGCCUGGGGGCCACGCUAGCGAACGGGGACCGAAGUGAGGAGGCAGUGGAGGCUUACACACGAGCACUAGAGCUGCAGCCAGGGUUUAUCAGAUCCCGCUACAACCUAGGCAUCAGCUGUAUUAACCUAGGUUCACACAGAGAGGCGGCCAGGAACUUCCUGACUGCAUUAAGCCUUCAGAGGAAAAGCCGGAGUCGCCAGCAGUCCCACCAGGUGAUGUCUGGAAACAUCUGGGCUGCUCUGAGGAUAGCUUUAUCUAUGAUGGACCAGCCCGAACUCUUCCAGGCUGCAAAUAUUGGUGACCUGGAUCUUCUCAUGCGGGCCUUCAACCUAGACAUUUGAGGAAUGGGAGGUAGUGACAAUAGCGUCUCCCCUUUCACUUACUCUUACUCGAUUUCUACCCAACAGCCAAAAGCCCAAAGUGCACACAUCAGAAUGGAUUGGAUCUGAUGUUAGAGACAAUAGUGUAGUUUUUAUGCACGUCAAAAUGAACUACAGUUGCCAGAGUUGUUAUAUUUUUCGCCCAAGUACGUUGGAGUGAGGACAGGUUCUUCCAAGUGCUUGAACUGACUGCUUUGUGAUGGAUUUGCACUGCAAUUUGUGAUUUCCCUGAAGAGCACAAGGACGGGCAAAGAUUGUAUGAACAAUGCCUUAGAGAACACAUCAAUUAAAAACUGACUCAUCCAGUGGAACAGAGCUGAGCCAGGACAGAGAGACGGGCAGACAGACAGUUUGAGAUUCUCACAGAGGAACCCUCACAUGCUGUUUGCAGAGAAAAGAUGAGGUCUUGAGGAAAAAAAAAGGUUUCAUUAUCCAAUUACUUUCAAAGACACAAACUCGUCUCACACUCCUGAAGGAUGGAUUUAGCGAGCAAAUCAUAAAGACUGCACCAUAUGACCUGGAACUACAAAUUCUGUUCCUGGCUUGUUUUCAUCAUCUUUCACUGGAGAAUGAUACUGCAUGCAUAAGCAUUUUCAUAAAUGGAUUCUUGUUUAAAAUUAACAUACUUUUAAAAGUUUUCCCUUUGCACUUCAGACAAACAGAUAACUUCCUCAACCCAAGUGGAAUGCGCAAGCCAAGUUGUAAAGCCUUACUCAAAUGCAUGCGAACAACAACAUUUAUUUAUACUAUUUUUAUGGCAACUCAACAACACUAAGCCAUUUCCAGACUGGUUUUGAUUCCUUUAAAUAACUGCCGUCUUCUGAACUUGAAAGCUUUCUGAGCCGUUUUGUUGGGUUUAUUUUUUUUUGGUAUUGGCUCCUAGCUUCUCUUUGUUCCCUUUAUGCUGACUAGCUGGAGAAAUACACAGAAAAGCUGGGCAACGCGGAUCUGUAAAACUUUCAUUAGUGUAGAAACUUCAAGUUUCUCAUGUGAAAAAAGCUUUUACAGGUCUAAAAAUAUCUCUUUAAUCUUUACCUUGUGGGCUGGCUUUAGAAACGUGUUCCUGACUGUAUAAAUUUCAGUACAGUAUAAUAACAUUACAGGUAAAAGAUGUGUAGCUGCAAGCCAAGACCUAAGAGAGCUUGGGGUAUUUCCAAACGCAGCCAUUUGUGUCUUUGCUGCGACUCCACAGUCAGCGAAGCUCAUACAUUUAAUUAGUUCAGUUUGCCUCACCAAUCAUGCAUGAUUUAUAUAUUUAUGUAAGCUAAGGCAGAACGCCGCACAUAUUUGAGAAGCUAUUUGCUUUACCACCUGCACACUCAUAUCAACAUUUAAUUACUGUGCAUCCACAAAACACAUGAUUGUAAGGGGCCAGAUAUUCCACAUAAUAAUUCUGCACCCGUCAGAAGCCAAGCUUUUUCUUAAAACAGCUUCACUUGCAUCACUGUUGCUAGUUUGAAAGUCACUCUGUGAAGUGAACAUCACGUUCCUCAUCGUGCAACAGAGUAAAUGAUAGAUAAUCUGCUGUACUGUAUCACUCAGCACCUUGAUGUUUAGCAGGUGUGUCCACAUUCUGGGUGUGCUGUCGAAAGUACACUUUUUAUUCUUAGAUCCUAUGCAAAAGGUCAUGUUUUAUGUUGCCAAUCAGUUUGUCCCUGUCUGCCUCAAUGGACGAAAAAAGGAAGUGGUGAUUCUGUACUUUGAAAGAAUGCUAUCAGGGGAAAGCAGAGACCAGUACGAGAGCCAUUCAUCUUCCCAACUGCACAGCUUUGACAUCAUGGUAUGUAUAAGAAGUGCUUCUUUAGGAAACUGGGGGAAAACAAAAUCAAGUGUUCCUGUUCAAGAGAGAAACAUGACAUGUCAAUGAUUCUGAAAAAUACAGACACCAUCCACCUAAAAUGUAGCCUUCAAUGUUAUAACCCUGUUGUAUAGUGAUGUGUCUUUGACCUCAGUUGCACCCCCCAAAUUCACUGUCAGCUUUGCUAUCAGAACUCUCAUUUUUAAGCACAUAACUAGUAAACUGUUGUCAAAGCAAAGACAUUAAUAUGUUAACCAUUCGUGGUACUUUCAAUAUAUUGAGUAAGAUGAUACUUCAGGCUGAAACAGAUGAGUAGCUACUGCAGUCAGAUACAUUAAAAAAAUGUUGGCAGAGAGUCUCUGUGGCCAACCAUGAUGUAUAAUAGAUCAAGGAGGCAGAGGAACCCAGUGAGACAGAGCACAUAUGUGCCUGCUACUAACAAUCUGCAUCGGAGGGGUGCUGACAGUGGACUCCAUAAUGGCAAAGGCAAUGAGGCCAAAGCAGAGGUGGAUGUGAAAAUGUAUUCACUAUGAGAGACUUUGUUACGAUAAAAACAAAAAAAUUGUCAGCGUAGCUUUUUUUUACUGAAAUAGUGUGGGUGAUAUCCAGUAGUCCAUCAGUACUAUCCUGCUAAAUAUUAAAUUAUCAUUAAAUUAGUAAAUAAAUUAUUUUCAGCUCUGCUGGUAGCACGGCUUUGUAGAUCAAAAUGUUGGUCUGUCAGUCCACCAUUUUGGUUCAGACCUUCAGACUGGAAUAUCUCAGCAAAUGUUGGAUGAAUUGCUAUCAAAUUUGGUACAGAUGUUCGUGUUCCCCAGAAUGAACCCUACUUACUUUGGUGAUCUUAAGACUUUUGCUCUAGCGCCACCAUGAUGUUGACCUUGUCUCUUUUUUAGUAAAACUUGGAUGGAUUGCAAUUAAAUGUGGUAGAGACAUUCUUGCCCCACUCAGGAUGAAUUGUAAUAACUUUGGUGAUCCCCUGACUUUUUAUCUUGUGCCGCAAUCAGGUCUUUUAAAUCAAAAUGUGUCCAAUACUUGGGUUUCUAACUGAAUACAUUUCUAAUUAAUUACUUUGUCAUCAGCCUCAGCUAGACUGCUUUGUGUUGAUUAGCAAAUGUUGCCAUGCUAGCAUUCCCAAAAGUAAGAUGGUGACAAUGACAUACUGUACAUUAUACCUGCUAAACAUCAGCAUGUUAGCAUUGUCGUUGUGAGCAUCACUAAGCUUAACCUCACAUAGCUGCAGACUCUUAGUCGCGAUUGCAUCUAUGUUACAACUGCACAGCUGUAUCAGCCAAGUGUUUGUUUCUGUUAACAUCCACCUCAGUCACUUACAGUGUAUGUGCUAACACUGCCAGCUAGCACACUUGGCCAGCAUGUUGAGCACUGUCUCCCAUGGAUAUUUUAUUUGUAUCAGAUCAGUCUCAGCAUGUCCAAGAUAAGCUUUCAUCCACUUUUUUUUCCAAAACCCAUAAACCCACCUAUUAGUCAAAGUUCCCUGAGAGAUUGUUGAAAGACAUUAUUCUUCAGGCCAGUAUCCCUCCAUUUUUAAAUAUGAACACAUAAUCCGUCCAUGUCCUCCCACCUGUCUUUUCUGAACUGUAGAAACUCAAAUCAUGUCUGUGAAAUUGUGAUUUCCAAAUCAACACUAGCUUUCUCAUGAUGUUCUAGGCCUUUGCUUUUUGCAUUUCAAGAUACUUUAGUAAUAAAAAAACAUAUUUUUUUAAAGAGACAUUAAAUCUAAACUACUGUGUACAUCAUACUGCAGUACACUGAGAUAGGAUGCCUGGUGACAGUUUUCUUUGUGUAGAACCUACCUACUACUGUACCUUCUCAGGUGAACUGAACUAGCUUAACGCAUGCUCCUGAGGAACAGAUCGAGGUUGAUCGCAUGCUAGAUCCUCUACAUUUUAUUUUUUUGAAUGCUAUUUUUAUUUGUAUGCAUGAAAUACAUGGAAGCUCUCUUUCUCUCCCACUAACUUAUAAAAAUGAAAUAUAUCAUGAAGUUUACUUGCAAUAUUUCUACAAUGCACUUUUAAAAGCUGUAACCUUGACAAAAAGUGAUGUAUAUAUUCAGUAUAUUCUACACAAGAUGCUUUUUCUUUUCAUAGAACUAGCGAGUGUGCAAGGCUCAAGCAGAGAAAUGAGACCCUUGAGCUUGAAUACUGGCCCAUUGCUACAACUGGCUAAUAGGUUAUAUUCUGUAGAAAUGUUGUAAUUAUGACUUCUGCAAAUGAUAAAUGUACUGUUAACACUUUCAAUAACCCCAGCCUAUAAAGUUAUGUGUUGUUACCAAAAGCUUUUUAGUGUUGAAACUUGAUCAUGCUUAAAUUGUUAUGCACACAUUCAUAAAGAUACUGUGAACUAUUAAUAGUUAUUUAAUGUUAUAAUGUUAUAUACUGUAAAGCAUCAUAGCUUCAUUAGUUCUGGUUACAUAUGUAAUGAGAAAAAUCAAGAUCAGGUAAAAAACAUAUAAAUCAAUGAUAAUACAUUCAUUACCAAUUUUACACAGCUUUAAUCAAAAUUAUUUAUAUAUGGAGACCCAAGGUGUAAAGACUCAUCUUAAUAUUAUGGGUAACAGAGUGUAUUGCAAGGCAUUUUAGCCAGUUAUGUGAUUGGCUGUCUGACCAAAGCUUCAGCCAAUUACAUUAACUGUCUCUGACCUGUUUGCCUGGAUUGAUGAAGCCUUUAUGGUGAAAUGUUAUGAAAAACAUAUUAGUGAAAGUGCCGUGAAAUAGAAACAGACUUUAGAAAAAGGAAAUUUUGAAAUAAUGAAACUGCUAUAAUGAAAAAAAAACAUCUGCAAUAAACUAAAGAUUGCAGAAAGUUGCAAAAAAACAGAAUGAAAUAAAACUUGAAUGAAAUGAACACAGAAUGAAAUUUCAGUCGUUCAUGGUUAUGUUAAUGUAUUUGGUUUGUAUUUAUUCAUAGUAUGAUUUACUUCAUAUUAUCAUAUUUCAAAGUUUCAGCAGGGUUCAGCUAGUUAAAUUAAACAUUACAUAUGUAACAAAUGUAAUUUAAUACCUGUUUCAUGAUCAUUUCAAGUACGGAAGUAUGAUGGAAAACCAGUAUGGCCUAGAAUAAUUAUAUCACAUUUUUGCAGUACUUCACUGCAGUAUAUAACAAUAAUUUUGAAAAACUAUUAAUUUAUUUACAUUAAUUACUUUGUUUUUGUUAAAAAUGACACUUGCCCAUUCUGAGACAAUGAGCUUCCCUGUUACAGUAGCUAGCAAUAAUCAGUGUCUACAGGUGUUAUCACACCUCUUCUUCAUCUGUCGCAACAAUCCCACUUAGUUUAUAGGUAUUAUAGCUACAGUAGGCAAGAUGAAACAUUCAAGACCUUUAAAUACCGUCUAAGGCCUUUUCUUUCCUGAGGAAACCAAGUUAAUGUUCUUUUUUAAGAAUUUUCCAGACGUACAGAUACCCUGUAUUUAUGCCUUAAAUUUUGAACACACAUAUAAAUAUAAAGCAUUUAUUACUUUGUGAACGUGGUAAUAAUUCUUCUGGCAUUAAAAAUCAAGUUCUCACAUACUACAAAAGCAUUUAAAAAAUGUUAUUUACAGCAUCAUUGGUUGGGGUUCAUAAAGGUUAUCAGUACAUCUAUGCAUUGUCUUCACUCCUUGAAUUCCACAUGUGUACAAAGUUUGUUCUGGUUUAUUUAUUGAUGCAUCAGACAUGUAUGAAUAAAAUGAUAUUUUGAUGAAUGAACUUAGAAAUUAUAUACUUUAUAUACAUUAAUUCAUUUAUUGAAACUCCUACUAUAAUGCAUAUUACUCUCCCUGUAUAAUCACAAGGAAAGCAUUAGCACCUUUGAAACGUACAAUAUCAAAGUAAUCUUUUAAA